AUGUCCGAUCUUUCACUGCAAAGGGCGACACUGACUGCUCUGGUCAUCGAAACAUUCAAUGUCGGCGCUUUCACCAUCCUCUUUGGCGCCUGUCUCCACUUGAUUUUCAUUAAGAAGGCCUCCGGCGCCAAUCACAUUCUAACUCCGACCCUGUGCUUGAUAUGGGUUCUUUCCAUUGUGCAUUGGAUUGUUGACAUUGUCCGAGCUAGAAUCGCAUUCGUCGAUGACCCUGCGCACGAUUUGUUGUACUUGAGCAGUCCAGCCCAGCCUCUCGAUGGUGCAAAAAUUGGGAUAUACUCAACGAUUACUAUUGUCGCUGACUUUUUCAUGAUAUACCGUUGUUGGAUGGUAUGGAACCACAAUGUCUAUGCCCUCGCUCUUCCUGUGCUAUGCUGGGUUGCAACCGCUGUAACUGGCUGGGUCGGGACGGCCGAGGUUGUGCUGACUCAGAAGGGCGGCAUCUUCCACGCCAAUCUUCAACCCUGGAUCAUUAGCUUCUUCUCAUUGUCGCUCGCCACAAAUGUUCUCUGCACGCUUCUGGUUGCUUACAAGGUACUUUUGAGCCAGAUUCGACUGCGCAGAAGCGGUACUGAAAGCACGGGGCGAGUCAUUCCCGCGUUGAUCAUAUUCCUCGAGUCCGCCGCUCUCUAUUCUCUCUCGCUUAUCGCGUUACUCGUCACCUAUCAAUUGGGAAUCAACACCUCCUUCAUCAUCCUCGACCUGACAUCUUCAGUUAUUGGGAUAACGUUCAGCAGCAUUAUUCUCCGCCUGUCGAUGGCUGAUUCCAAGCCAUCUCAGUCCACCACAACAGCAUCGUUGCCUGGUCGAGGGAACGUCUCCGGACUGGGUGGGAUUGACCCAAACUCCUACCCACUGGGUACUGUCCAUAUCUCGCGUUUGGUUCGAGAUGAUUGGUCGAACCCCAAAGCGCGGCAUUUAGAGAGUGGUGUACUACCUAGAUGA